AUGAGCAAAAGCUCAGCCCUGCCCCCGAAGUAUCUGAUCUACAAUGAUGGAGGCGGUGGAAGUAUGCGAUUAAAGCAGGCGUCUCCUCCGAGAUCGAGCAUCUGGCAUGGGCCUUCACAAACCCUGGCGAUGUGGUCCCAGUCAACUUCAACGAUUGCGAUACAUUUGAAGCCGAUGUUGUUGAACUAUACGAGCAAGCGCUUUUGGAGUUUGAAAGUCGGUCUGGCAAUAAAGUUCGGGCCUUGGUCGUUUGCAAUCCUCAUGAUCCCCUGGACCCAUGAGGAGACUAUUAUUGGGUUCAUGAAGCUUGCCAGAGGCAUCAAAUUCACUUAA